GAGUGGGUAUUCUCUUUUAAGAGAAGGGAGCAAUAAAAACCAAUUUAGAUUUUCUUAUUAACGAGACUCGAACAAAAGAGAGAAAAAGGGAAAAGACACAAGGGUAAAAUCGGGAAAAUGGCAACCCCAACAAGAGAGUUUGCACCGCCAUCGACCGGAACAUCGACCGUAACCCUAACCCUAGCAAAUCCAUCGGAAUCUACACCAUCAUCAUCAUCAUCACAACAACAACAACCAAUCGAAACCUUAACAUUGAAACUGAAGCCAAAGAGGAGGGUAUCAUGGAAACCAGGAACUGUAGACAAUGAAUUCAUGAACAAGAAAAGUUCCAAAAUUUGUUGUAUUUUCCACAAAGAAAAGCCUUUUGAUGAAGACGAUAGCGAUGAUGAGGAUGAAGAAAAUGAGGCGUCAAAGAAGAGUCAUCAUGGAGAUCACAAUCAUUGCUGUUCUAAACAGGAUCAUGGAGGAGAAGCUAGUAUCAGUUAUUCGGAAGAUCAUUGAUGUAUUUGAAUUGUAAGUUUGUUUUAAUUUCUUUGUUAAGGAGGAAAAAAGGAAAUGUUAUUUUUGGGUAUAUUUGACGGUUGGUAUUAUUGGAGAUUGCGGUUCAAAUAUUGAAUAUGAUUGGAAUUUUAGGUUUCAGUGGUUUUGGUGUUAAACAAUUGAUAUUAAUGUUACUUAUACCUUUAGUAUUCUA